AUGUCGGGAUCCACGGCUGCCGGCACGGCAUUUGUCGACCUCGAUGAGGUUCGCGUCCCCAUUGACAUGGUCGUCGGUGAACGAGGCAAGGGCUUCAAAUACAUCGUGUCGAACUUUAACCACGAGCUCUGCGCUGCGCGAGGGUGUGCCUCGAGGACUCGAUUUCCCGUCAUCAGGUUCAAGUUCGCCAACAUGAGCCGAGAAACAGAAGCUUUGCAGUCCUGGAUCGAGGUAGGUCGACGCGGCACGCAUUGUUGUGGAGUGGUCGCCGCUAACUUGUCGCCACAGAGCUUGAUCUACCAGCUGUCGCAGCUGGCUCCGGCCGAGGCAGACCUCCUGCUCGCAGGCACGACGGCGCAGCUCAAGGCUCACUCGGGCAUCGUCCUGGAGCACGUCGUCCGCGAGGCGGUGCAGAUCCUCGGCGGCAUCGGUCUUACCAGAGGUGGUCGUGGCGAGCGUGUCGAGCGCAUCUGGCGCGACGUCAAGGCCAUUACCGUGCCGGGCGGUAGCGAGGAGAUCCUCCUUGACCUGGCGACGAGGCGAGCCUUGAAAAUAUCGGAUGAACUGCGACAGGUGACGGGCAAGGGCGUCAAGAGCCGGAUAAAAUCCCACGCCCUUCAAGCGACCUGCAGCUACCUCGUCAACUGGAGAGCCCGCCGCGAAAAAGAGGGCCAAGUACACCACCAACGCAUGGUGAGGCGUCCCCUCCCAAGCUUAUCCGCAAACCCGUAUGCGUCUGCCGCGGCCGCUGCUGAUUCGAUCUCAUCCAGCAAACAAUGCCAGAAACGAAAGCUCAAGUGCAUCAGAGCCGACAACCAGCUAGAAUGCCAAAGAUGCAUCACCGAUGGCGCCACCUGCGUCGUAGCACCCAACUCGACCACGCGGGCCAAAGACGUGGAAGUCGAGAAGGAAUCGCAGGAAGGCACCAUUGGAGAUGACAGCAGCUCGAGAGAGAACCCCCAGAUGGAGAACCUCGCCGAGGACAUCUCACGCCUCCAACAGCAGGUUGCCACCCUGAUCGAGGGCAUGCGCGAACUCACCGAGCGAGGCCGCAGCAGCGACUACGGCGUCGCGCCCCUCGGCACGAAUCAGCAAGUGAGCCCCGCGUACUCGGCCCACGCGAGAGCAUCGAGGCACAAGAGCGCCGAGCCGAUGCAGCCGCACUUUGUCGGUCCCACGCGCCCUGCCUUCAGCCUGCGCAUCGCCGAGAUCUCCCUGACGCGCAUGGGCAUCGGGUCGAACGAGGCCCUGCCGCCGAGCGCCCCGGACUCGCGCGCUGGCUCCCCGGGGCCGUCGUCGCCCGAGCCGCAGAUGGCGUCGCAGGUUGGUCUGGGCUACGAUCCCCUGCUGACCUUUGCGCCGGGGGAGAUUCUGCGCCUACUGGACGUGUUCCAGGAGGAAGUCGAAUCCGUCUACCCCUUCAUCGAGGUGGCCCAUCUGGCUGCCGGCGUCCCCCACGUCCUGGCCUUUCUUCGGAACCCCGAGGAAGACAUGGCGCCUUCGAUGCGGCGAGCCCUGCAAAAAGACAUGCGACUCAUGAAGAUUGCCAUCGCCACGGGCAUCGUCAUCGAGGCGCACGGCAGGAACGACGCGAGUACAUUGCUGACAGACUCGGUCGAGGCAGAGAUCAGCUACGCGUCGCGUCUCAAUGUUGACCUCAAAGAGGUGCAAUUGUGCACAAUGCUCAGCAUAUACCAUUUCCACUGCGACGAGGAGCUCCUCGCCUGGCGUCUCAUUGGCACCGCCGCCCGCACAGCUCUCGAAAUGGGUCUGCACCGAAAACAGAGCUUGGUCGACAACUUUCAAGAGACGCACGACCGGAACCUCGCCGUUCGGGUCUUCUGGUGCAUCUAUGCCCUCGACCGCCGCUGGUCAUUCGGCACAAGUCUUUCUUUUGCACUUCAUGAUCGCGACAUUGACCCUGAGUUGCCCGAGCCGGUUCGUCUUCCACCGUCAGGCACCGGGUCGCAUGCUGACCAAAGAAAGGGCGAGGGCUUCCAGUAUCUCAGCUGUAUGGUCGCCUACGGAAGACUGUGCUCGAAAGUGUGGGAAGCUCUUCCCCUCUUCGGCCCGUCGACCAAUUGCAUCCCCAAAGACACAGUCGGGUAUCUCGACUACAUGGCGCAGAAUUGGCUGGCAUCGAUACCGCGGGAACUCCAGCUGCGACACCCACGCCUCGGCCUGGCCCCGCGCAUGCAGCCUCGCGUCACCCACCGCCUGCGCACGCUGCUGUACCUCCGCGGCAACCACAUCCGCACCAUGAUCCACCGCCACUACGUCCUCACCUCGGCAGCGAUCGAGUCAGACCUCCAGGCUGCGCGGAACGUUGUGGAUAUUGCCCAGGACAGUCUCCAGGUGCUGGUCCACCUCAACGAAAGCAGUGACAUCUACGUCCGGCAGCAGAGCGCGUUCAACUAUUUCCUCCUCAGCGCCCUCGCCGUCAUCUUCCUCGCCGUCUGUCACGCGCCCGCCACGUUUGCCGAGCCGUGCAGAGACAGCUUCCUCGCGGCGCUGCAGCUCGUCAAGGGCUUCUCCCGCCACGGCAGCGCCAGUCGUCGCCUGUGGAAGAGCAUCCGGGGGCUCGUGCCGCGCGUCAAGUCGCUGGCCCUGCGAUCCGAGGCGGAGAAGAGUCAGAUGGAGCACGACAAGGAGAGACAGGCCGGCCUCGACGAGGCGCAGGCAGACGUCGAGACGGCGGUUGAGCACACGUACACCAGUGGCGGCGCGGAACGACAGCCCCUGGCAGGACAUGUGGCCGCCGAUGGACGAGGAGAUCAGCCCCGGGUUGAGCAGCUCGAUCCCGGAUGCCUUCCACAUGAGCGUCGACCUGAUGAGCCUGUUCGACUCGUUCGGCAUGCCACCGGAUUCGGCCAUGGCGACGGGGUCUUUUGA